AAGGUACCGUCACAUUGCUGAAGCCAACAAUCAUAAUUAUUUAGCCCAUUGCAAACGGUGCUCCGUUUGUAAACGAUUGAAUUUUUUUUAAUUACGUGUUUUGAUUGCCUCAUGCUAGUGAAAUAUUUCCCAUUGGUUUGCGCUCCUUCCAGUACAUGAAAGUAGUUUAAUGGCCUUUCCGUCAUCUACCAACCAAGACGUGACGAAAAAGAUACUGGAAGACAUCCAGAUGAAAAAGCAGCUUCUGCAGAAAGGGGUCAAUUCACAUUCGCCCGGCUUUGGCAACCUGUACAACACUUCCCUUGGUUUCGGUAGUCUCUACACGCCUUCUCCAUUGUUUCAGCUACCGAAGUACACAACCACCGGCGGGCAGCCGAACGAUAGCAAUCAAAGCAUUUCGAAGGGUGUUUGGAGUCAGGCAAUCAAUCAAUCGUUUGGGUUUUUCGUACCCCAGGACUCAUUGUUUGGCAACAACAUUCUACCCGUACUGCCACGGUACGACAAUCCAUCAAUCCAUUACGCUAGUACGCCGAAAUUUUGA